GCGCGCGUCGCCGGGGUUGAGAUUCCAAACAACAAGAGAUGCGAGACGGCGUUGACGUACGUGUACGGCAUCGGCGAAACGAGCGCCAAGGCGAUCAUGGCGGCGACUGGUUUGGAGAACAAGCGUUUGCGUGAAUUCUCUGAGCAGGAACUCACGCAAUUGCGCGAAGAGGUGGAGAAGUACCAGAUUGAGGGUGAACUCAGACGCUUCAUUACGAUGAACAUCAAGCGCUUGAAGGAGAUUCAGUGCCACCGGGGUAAGAUGCACAUUCGCAACUUGCCGGUGCGUGGUCAGCGAACCAAGACGAACGCGCGCACGCGCAAGGGUAAGGUUAAGACCGUGGCUGGCAAGAAGAAGUAA